UACAACUUUGUUUUAGAUGUCUGGGGUUGGUGUACAGUUGCAUCAGCGUGUAGAGGUGGGGAAACCGGCUGAGUUGAGCUCCCCGUGCUUUACAGACAGAAACAAUCAGACCCGCCAGACCGAGCAGUCUGUUCCCAUCCCGGAGAGACGCGGAGAGAGCGAGCGAGGCGGAGAGCGCGAGGCCGGGCAGAUGAAGCUGUUUGUGAGUGAGGGGAACCCGCACUGUGUGAAGGCGCUGGCGGCGCUGGAGCUGUCGGGGCUGAAAUGUGACGUUCAGCUGGUGAACCACGAGGAAAGAGUGGUGCCCUUCCUAAAUCGUCCAGUCAUACCUGUUCUGCUGCUCCCCAGCGGGCAACACCUCUUCAGUGCUAAUGCCAUCUGCCAAUUACUGUUGGAGAUGGCUGGGAAGUCCACUGAUGAGAGCAAGCAGUUACUGGAAUGGGAAGCAACAGAAUUGCAGCCGGCGCUGCUGCAGGCACUCCAUAAGCAGGCACUACAGGGGAAGUCCAGCGAGGCUGCUGCUGUGCUGAAGGGACCUCUGGGCUGGCUGGAUCAGUACCUCUCCAAACGGACCACAUCAUUCCUUACUGAGGAGAUAUUGGCAGAUAUUGUGCUGGGGGCAGCGUUGUAUCCUGUUCUGUCUGACCCAGCUUUUGAAGUUGGUGACUUACCGUCACUGCAGGCCUGGUUUAACCAUGUAAGGGAGCUCCCAGCGUGUCAGUCAGCUGCUCAGAAGGUCCUAAAGGGGAAGGGGCUUGAAGCUCUGAAGGGUUUCCUUCAAAAGCAGCCAGUUCCUCACCUACAGCGAAGGGACAGCCCACCCAGUGCCUCUGAGAUGGAAGAAUCAGAGCCUGUGAUGACUCAGGAGGAGAUUGAAGCAGCUGCUCAGGCCUGCAGAAAAGGACUUCCACAGUGCUCAGCCACCCCACAGAAGAAACACCCCAUUUUACCAGAAGAAGGAAAGAGGAACGUGCUGUUGACGAGUGCACUGCCCUACGUAAACAACGUGCCUCACCUGGGAAACAUUAUCGGCUGUGUGCUCAGCGCUGAUGUAUUUGCCAGAUAUGGACGUUUGCGAGGCUGGAACUUGCUGUAUGUGUGUGGAACAGAUGAGUACGGCACUGCGACGGAGAACAAGGCUCGUGAAGAGGGCCUGACGCCACAAGAGAUCUGUGACAAAUACCACGCUGUCCACUGUGCCAUUUACAAAUGGUUCCAGAUCAGCUUCGAUUACUUUGGCCGCACCACAACCGAGCGACAGACUGAAAUCUCUCAGAACAUUUUCUGGCGUCUGCAUGAGCGAGGCUUUCUGCUGGAGGACACAGUUGAGCAGUUACACUGUGAGAACUGUCAGCGUUUCCUGGCUGACCGCUUUGUGGAGGGUGUCUGUCCCCACUGCAGAUACCCAGAGGCCAGAGGGGACCAAUGCGACAAAUGUGGGCGUCUCAUUAAUGCUGUGGAGCUCAAGGAGCCGCAGUGUAAGGUGUGCCAGCAGACUCCCGUCGUUCGUUCCUCUAAACAUCUGUUUCUGGACCUGCCCAAGCUUGAAAGCGAGCUGGAGCAGUGGCUGGACAAAUCCACAAGUUCUGGGGACUGGACAAAUAAUGCCAAGAACAUCACUCGCUCGUGGCUGAGAGAUGGUCUGAAACCACGCUGCAUCACCAGAGAUCUGAAGUGGGGGACGCCCGUACCUCACCCAGACUACAGUGACAAGGUCUUUUAUGUGUGGUUCGACGCCCCCAUUGGCUACCUCUCUAUAACAGCCAACUACACCAGUGAAUGGGAGAAGUGGUGGAAGAAUCCGCAGCAGGUGGAGCUGUAUAACUUCAUGGCGAAGGACAACGUUCCGUUCCACAGCGUGGUGUUCCCCUGCUCUCUGCUCGGAGCUCAGGAUAACUACACACUCGUCAACAACCUGGUGGCUACAGAAUAUCUGAACUAUGAGGACACAAAGUUCUCUAAGAGCCGAGGUGUGGGGGUGUUUGGUGACAUGGCUAAAGAUACAGGAAUUCCGUCUGAUGUUUGGCGUUUCUACCUGCUGUAUCUGAGACCUGAGGGCCAGGACUCCGCCUUCUCCUGGGCUGAUAUGGCUCUGAAGAACAACUCCGAGCUGCUCAACAACCUGGGAAACUUUAUCAACAGGGCAGGGAUGUUUGUCAGUAAGUUCUUUGAGGGCCGUGUGCCCGAGAUGGUGCUGCAGGAUGAAGAUAAGCGUCUCAUUGCACAGGUGUGCUGGGAGCUUAAGCAGUACAUCCAGCUACUGGACAAAGUCAGGAUCCGUGAUGCCCUAAAGUGCAUCCUCAACAUCUCUCGCCAUGGCAACCAGUAUAUCCAGGUUAACGAACCCUGGAAGAAGAUCAAAGGAGGAGACGACGACAGGCAACGUGCGGGCACGGUGACUGGUGUGUCGGUGAAUGUGGCGUGUCUCCUAUCAGCCAUGCUGGAGCCCUACAUGCCCACGGUCAGCCAGACCAUCCGUGACCAGCUGCAGGCUCCAGCUCACUGCUCCAGUGCCACGUUGGGCACCGACGGAGGUUUCCUCUGCACGCUCUCAGCUGGCCAUCCGAUCGGCACGGUCAGUCCGUUGUUCCAGAAGCUGGAGUCUGAGCAGAUCGAGGCUCUGAAGAAGAGAUUCGGAGGACAGCAGCCAGAGGACGAGACCCCUGCAGGAGAGGUCCCCAGCAGCAUGGUGAACUCAGCACAGCCCAAACCGCCUGCUGCUGUAGAGCCCACUGUUAACGCAAGUGUGAGUGCAGCCGACCCGGAGAGAGCCAAACAGCUGGCUGCUGCAGUGGCUGAACAGGGUGAUAAAGUGCGUGCUCUGAAGUCUCAGAAGGCGGAGAAGUCUGUGAUCACAGCGGAGGUCACCAAACUCCUCGAGCUGAAGAAGGAGCUCGCUGUGGCUGAAGGCAAAAACCCUGAACCCUCCCCUCAGAAGGGAAAGAAGAAGUGACGAGAGGAACAGCGGGAGAGAGGAUUCCAUCCUUUGGGCGUGUAGGAGGAGGUACAAUGUGCAGGGAAAUUUCCAACAAAAAAAAAUGUGUGUGCUCGAGGAAACAUGAAGCCGUAGCCAGUCUUUACCGAGAGGCGUGGUGACUAUUUUAGUGCAAACACUGUACAGCUGCACGACUGUAACAGAAACCACCAUGUGUAGUUAAGCAGUCCCUUCUGGUUUUCUUCAUACACCCCAGUACUUUUAUCAUAGCCAAUAAUAAAAUGCUGUACGGAUCUCAGUCUUUUUAAAUUUCAAUAAAAUAUAUGCAUUUGUAUUUA